AAGAAGCUGAAGUCUCGCGAUACUUUCUUCCUUUGUGUAGAUUGAACUCUGUUAGACGUGUUGAGACUCUAGAUUUUAUAAUCCGCUUGCUACUCAAACCUCAGUUCAACAUCUACCUGCGGAUCGAUACCAGAGUCACGACUGUGUCAACUGUGCGCCACCUCAACAGACGCAGCGAGUCACCUCAUUGUCUCCAUGGCAGUAAGACGAGGACACAUCAGGUAUCUGAAGGUGUGUGAAGUCCAGACGUCUCAGAGUGAAGCCAGAGACGCUCAGCUCGUCUCCAAAGGAGCUGCUGCAAAGGAACUGUACGAUAACGGCUACAUCGAGCAGGUGAUGGAGGACGAAGACUCCCGGACCAACCUGAUUGUGAACUACCUGCCUCAGAGCAUGAGUCAGGACGAGCUGAGGAGCCUGUUCAGCAGCGUUGGAGAGGUGGAGUCGGCUAAACUGAUCCGGGACAAAGUAGCAGGCCACAGUUUAGGUUACGGCUUUGUUAACUUUGUUAACCCUAGUGAUGCAGAGAGGGCUAUCAGUACCCUCAAUGGCCUGAGGCUACAGUCUAAAACUAUCAAGGUUUCGUUCGCCCGGCCGAGUUCGGACAUGAUCAAAGACGCAAAUCUUUACAUCAGCGGUUUGCCGAGAACAUUGAGUCAGCAGGACCUCGAAGACAUGUUUGCUUCCUUUGGACGGAUCAUCAACUCCAGAGUUUUGGUGGACCAGGCUUCUGGUAAUUCUGGUGUGUCUCGGGGCGUGGCCUUCAUCCGCUUUGAUAAGAGGUCUGAGGCUGAGGAUGCAGUCAAACAUCUGAAUGGGCACACACCUGCAGGCAGCUCUGAACCAAUCACAGUCAAGUUUGCUGCCAACCCCAAUCAAGCCAGGAACUCCCAGAUGAUGUCACAGAUGUACCAUGGCCAAUCACGGCGCUUCGGAGGCCCAGUUCAUCACCAGGCUCAGAGAUUCAGAUUUUCUCCAAUGAGUGUGGACCACAUGGGCGGAGGGGGCGGAGCCUCUGGGAACUCGUCCUCUGGUUGGUGCAUCUUCAUCUAUAACCUGGGGCAGGAAGCAGACGAGGCCAUGCUCUGGCAGAUGUUUGGGCCAUUUGGUGCCGUCGUCAACGUGAAAGUGAUCCGAGAUUUCAACACCAACAAGUGCAAAGGCUUCGGCUUCGUCACCAUGUCGAAUUACGAAGAAGCUGCCAUGGCGAUCCACAGCCUGAACGGGUACCGUCUGGGAGACAAGGUCCUGCAGGUGUCCUUCAAAACCAGCAAGGGACACAAGUGAUGAGGAGAAGGCAGCGACGGGCGGAUGCGCCGUCACGCUCUACUUACAUAGUUUUUUAUUUUCUGUCUCUUUAGCUAACAGUUAGUUUGUGGCCGUUUUUUCCCAGCAUGCAGUUCUUCGUAGCAUCAUUCGCUCUGAAUAUUUGGACAUUUUUCCACACUGAGACUUGCAGGAUGAUUGACAGGUCCACACAGAUGUUGUAUCUGUGCUGUUAACCUGGUGAACAGGUUUCUGACACGCAGCAUCUUUUACUUCCCCGUUUCCUUCAGUUUUCUGUCCAACUGCAGUGUUGUUAGACUGUAAUAAACUAGUUCAUGGAAAC